AUGGAGAGAUACGAGCUGGUUAAGGAUAUAGGUUCUGGGAAUUUUGGCGUUGCUCGACUCAUGCGUCACAAAGAUACCAAAGAACUCGUUGCCAUGAAAUUCAUUCAACGAGGUCACAAGAUUGAUGAGAAUGUUGCUAGGGAAAUAAUUAACCAUAGAAGUCUUCGUCAUCCUAAUAUUAUUCGCUUCAAAGAGGUGGUUUUGACUCCUACUCAUCUUGGUAUAGUUAUGGAGUAUGCUGCUGGUGGAGAGCUCUUUGAGCGAAUUGUCUCUGCUGGAAGAUUCAGUGAAGAUGAGGCUCGAUAUUUCUUCCAGCAGCUCAUCUCAGGAGUUAGCUACUGCCAUUCCAUGCAAAUCUGCCAUCGAGACUUGAAACUUGAGAACACAUUAUUGGAUGGUAGCCCUGCCCCACGGCUCAAAAUUUGCGAUUUUGGUUAUUCUAAGUCCUCUCUGCUGCAUUCUAGACCUAAAUCAACAGUGGGAACUCCAGCUUACAUAGCACCAGAGGUUCUUUCACGUAGAGAAUAUGACGGAAAGUUGGCAGAUGUAUGGUCAUGUGGAGUGACUCUUUAUGUAAUGCUGGUGGGAGCAUACCCAUUUGAGGACCAACAGGAUCCCAAAAAUUUCAGGAAAACCAUUAAUAAAAUUCUGGCUAUUGAAUAUCAGAUUCCGGAUUAUGUUCACAUAUCCGAAGAUUGUAAACAUCUGCUCUCUCACAUUUUUGUGGCGAGUCCAGCUAAGAGAAUCACCAUUAAGGAAAUCAAGUCUCAUCCAUGGUUUUUAAAGAACUUGCCUCGAGAAUUGACUGAAAUGGCUCAAGCUGUUUACUACAAAAAAGAAAAUCCAACUUAUUCUCUUCAGAGCAUUGAAGACAUUAUGAAUAUUGUUGAGGAAGCUAAAUCCCUGCCUCAAGUGUCUAGGUCAAUUGGGGGGUUUGGCUGGGGAGGAGUAGAAGACGACGACGAAACAAAAGAAGCCGAGGCUGAGGUGGAAGAAGAUGAAUAUGAAAAGAGAGUCAAGGAGGCACAAGAAAGUGGAGAAUUCAAUUUCAACUAA